AUGGAGUCAAAUCCCAUCAUCGUAUUACCUAACCAACCUAAGCAUGAUCCAGAGAAACCGACCGUUCACUCGGGUGUCUAUUGCGAUGGCCCCAAAUGUCCCUCUGGUCAAUCCGACAUCAAGGGUAUCCGGUACAAAUGUGCUACAUGCGAAAACGCUGACUUUUGCGAAAACUGUUUCAAUAAUGAAGACAACAAACACGACCGAUCCCAUCCUCUGCUACGUUGUGCUACGGUAUCUGUAUUUGCGCGGAAGGAGGAUCAUGCCAAAAUCAAGGAAGCUUUGCCAGCCGCGACCUUUCAUACCAUCACGGCAGACGAUAUACAAUCUCAGCUGCAUGAACAAUCGGAAAAUGAGGAAGGAGUUGACAAUGAGCCCUCUUCUACAGGCCCUUCCCAAAUUCAAACUAUCGGAGAGAUCCCGUCGGGACCAUCUAUUGCAGAGUAUGUGAUCAAGGAGGGUGGUGUUGUUGAGAAGCAUCUCCGUCCCAUUCAUCCGCCUGGUACCGCUAAGAUCGAAGGACAAGAAGAACCAGAGAAAGGCGUGAUUCUCCACGAUUUCCUGACCCCGGACGGCCUUAUCGCGCCAGAGAAGUACAACUACAGUACGAAUCCUCAAUUUUAUGCGCUACUUGAAGCCGGGCAACCCGCAACCCGUGUCAUAGACCUGGCCCCAGGCACUGGACAGGACAGGUUAAAGUGCGCCAUCAGGGUAAUCAACCUCAACGAGCCGCCAGAAUACGAGGCCCUUUCGUACACUUGGUACCGAACUCCCAGCGACAGACCUACCAUAGACACAUGGUCUUCACAAGACGAUGAGAACCAUCGGAACACUCUGAGAUGGGACUGGAGCAUACCGAUGUUCGUUGAUGACGACAAAUUCAUCGGCAUUAGUCCGGGCUUGAGAGAUGCACUGCGUGCUCUACGCCAUCCCACAAAAAGCAGAGUGUUGUGGGUAGAUCAGCUGUGUAUCGACCAGGGCAGCACGAAGGAGCGCGAGAUUCAAGUGAGAUAUAUGAGCCACGUCUAUAGUAGAUCACAGAGAGUGGUGCUAUGGGUAGGAGAAGAAGAGCCGACGACAGAUGCUGCCUUCGGAAUUAUUCGAUCCCUCGGGAAUUAUCUCACAAAGGUUCCGAAACCACCGGCACCAAACUUGCAAAAACUGAGCCACAUCCCUGAUCUUGCAGACGUACCAGAUCUUUCUGCGGACUCAGUUGGCUGGAGGGCCGUCCAUGACAUUUUUAGAAGACCUGUUUUCCAGAGAGGCUGGGUCGUCCAAGAAGUCACACGGGGCUCAGAGGUUCUGAUUAAAUGUGGUCGGCAUGAGAUUUCGUGGGCGAAACUGAUGACCGUCGUAUACCCUCUUUGCAAGUUCUUGUCUGUUUUUAUAGACCCAACAAAAGAGACAAUGGAUACUGCGCCUAGACCCGAUCUACUCCUGGGUAUGGACGAAACUCGCAUGAGCUUUUGGAGGAUGGGAUCGAAUGCGAGAUUGUUCAGCUCCCUACAUGCAACAAAGGCGUUCAAGACAUCUGUUCCACAUGACAAGAUAUAUAGUCUGAUUGGACUCCGAGAGCCAGCUUUUGACAUUCAGCCAAAUUACAAGCAGCCUAUUAUGGAUGUUUGCAUAGAUACCACAAAAUGGGUUCUGACCAACGAGAAGAAUUUCUCCAUUUGCGUCCUAAACCAACGCGAUGAGCAGCACGGCUUCCAUAAAUCAGCGUGGCCAUCGUGGGUGCCCAACUUCGCAGACCCGUCGAACUUGCCCGUGAGUUUAUCCCACGGGCGUCCGUACAGGGCUGCCGGCUUCUCUGUCGCCUCUGUUUCCUGGCCAGGGAAAGAGAAACCAAAUACCAUGGAGGUUUUGUCUUAUAAAUGCAGCACUGUCGAUGCGGUUUCAACUGCUCCACCUACACAUCUCGGCUUCGUUGGGAAAAUGACAUUCUUCAUGUUUCUUGCCGAAAGUCUGGGGCCUCACUACCCGGGAUCCAUGACUACCGCCGAAGCUUUUCUUCGAACUUGCUUUGCCAAUUCUUCAGAAGACUUGUCUCCCGUCUCCACCGAGGAAAUUGCGAGCCUUGCAUCCUGGCUCUCGCGUUUCGUUGAUGAGAUCGUAGCUGGUGAUGAGCGAGUGGCGGAAAAGUUUCGCACUCCAUUCUUCCUCGAUAUCGCUAAGAUCGGGAAAACAGCACCAAAUGUCGAAAAGGCCAUGACGUGGAAUUUGACAGACAGUCCUGCGACAUUGAACGUCAGUACAAUAACUGGACAGAGGACCUUGUUUACCACCAGCGAUGGUUAUCUUGGGCUCGGGCCAUCAGCUAUGGCCCCAGGAGAUGCUGUCUACAUUAUCGCUGGAGGAUGCACACCUUUCAUCCUGCGGGAGCGGCCGAGUGAAAUUGCUUCCUCUGGCGAUGAGACGCCCGAGGCUGAGGUGGAGUACUCUUUGAUAGGAGAGGCAUAUAUUCAUGGAGUAAUGGAUGGGGAAAUCACGAGACGUGAGGGGAUGGAAUGGACAAACGUAAGGAUAGCUUAG